UGUAAAAGAGUUCCUGGAGAGAAUGUGGCGUGCUAGAUGCAGGAACUAGUGGUGUGAAAGAUGAUGAUUGUCCUCCUUGUUGUUUGUGUUUUUUUCGUAUUUUCCUUACAGGCGCUGCCGAUACAAAAGCCUGACGCAGAAGUCAUUCCUGCGUCACCUGUAACAUCAAGAUCAAGAUCAAGAUGAAAAUGUUUACAACUGUUUGCAUAUAGCGGUGAUCACGCAGGUUUUCAAGACUCAUGUAGCGGUGCUCGUGGGGAUCGGAAUUCUUAUUAUGGAUCAAGCCGAUGUGCAGAAGUUUGCAUAAGGAAAAAGCAAAAGUUCCUGCUAAAAAACCAAUAGAAAUUGCAAAUUCCAUUUCUUCAAGCAUGUUAGCCUUAGCCAUCAUUCAAAGCUGUUCCAAGUCAUUGUUAAGGCAGACCUUCCGUCACUCCUAUGCAUUGAUUGAUCUCUCAGAAUUAUGUUACUCAAGGUCCAUCCAUGAAGACUUGAGAGAAAGACAUGUGGUUGUGACACAGCAACAGAUUGAAGAGGGCAAUUUCAAUAAAGGAGAACUUCCCUUUACUGUGUGGGCAUUGACAGACUCAAGGAUUCUCUACAGCUCCCAUGUAAAAAACAGUACAGCCACAGAUAAUCCAUUGGUAUUGAAUAGAAUUGGAAAGCAAAUACAAGAGCAAAAAGAGUCAUUAAGAAAAAAAGAAGCUAUCCCUCUUAUCAUUGAGCACAACAUAGUAAAAAAUGAAGAGAAAGUUUAUAUUGAAUCAGCUAGUGAUGAAAAAGGGGAAAAGUCUACGUUUUUUUUUCCAUACGCACACACACAUGAAAUUGAGAUUCCUGAAAGUUAUGUAAUGGAUUCAGAUCCUGUGAAAUCUAAAUUUACAGACUCACACUCAGACUUUUCCAAGCUUCAUGUCUCUGUUGUGGAAGAGAUUGCCUUGAGGAUGAAAGCUUAUGAUGAAGGAAUACUUGAGGAAAUUGAUGCACCAAAAGGAAACUUAGUUAAAGAUGAAAAUACUUAUGAUCUCCCUAAUGAUAUCUUGUUAGAAGAGGGAGCUGCUGAUCUUCAUUUGAUUAAGGAGCAGCAGGGGUCAGCAGACCCCAAGUGUCCUAUCAGUGAUAUACCAUGUGGAGGCUGUGGGGCCUUUCUCCACUGCCAACAACCAUCUCUCAUGGGAUUCGUCCCAAAGGAACUCUUUGAGGGACGUAAUUCUGGUGAGCUACGCAGCAUUCUCUGCCAGCGCUGCUACUUCCUGAAGAUCCAUAAGACAGCACUCAGUGUGAAGGUUGAUCCAAAUAUGUAUGAAAAAUUGUUGGAACCCAUUAAACAGAAGAGAGCAUUGGUACUGCUGGUGGUGGACCUUCUAGAUGUUCCUUGCUCCAUCUGGCCAAAUAUAAUGGAUAUAAUAGGGACCUCCAGGCCAGUAAUGAUUGUGGGAAAUAAAGUAGACCUUCUUCCAUCUGAUGGGAAAAACCACCACCAGAAAGUGAAGGACUCCCUCAUUGCCUCUAUUGAAAAAACACCCCUAAGCCAAGCCUCUAUCAAACAUGUGGCUUUGGUCUCUGCCCACACAGGAUAUGGAAUUGAAAGCCUGAUCACAAAAAUUCAGAAAUAUUGGAGCACUAAAGGUGACAUUUACAUCUUGGGAUGCACCAACUCUGGGAAAUCAACCUUAUUCAAUGCAUUACUUGGGUCAGACCUGUGUAAAACUGAUGCCUCCACCCUGAUUCAACGUGCCACUGUAUCCCCUUGGCCUGGAACCACACUUAACAUGCUCAAGUUUCCCAUUCUUCGUCCAUCUGGCCAUCUGCUUUAUCUUCGGACACAGAGACUUAAGAAAGAACAGAGAAAUUUGGCAAAGGAGGAUAAGCCAAGGUUCACAAAUAACAUGUUAAUUGGAACACUUACAGGCCAUAUUGGAAGGACCUUGGAAAAGAAGGAGAAGCCUGUGGUAAAACAAGAUCCUUUUUCAACUGACAUGAGAAAGCCACCUGCAGACACCAAAUCUGUUUGGGGCAUAAACCCAAAACAUAAACAAUAUGCCCUCAGCAAGUGGUGCUAUGACACACCUGGGACAGUGCAGCCAGAACAGAUGAUCCACCUGCUUACCCACAAGGAGCUGAUGAAGGUCUUACCUUGCCACCUGCUGCAUCCAGAGACAUUUUGCUUGCAGUCUGGCUACUCCCUCUUGCUGGCUGGUCUGGCACGCCUUGAUCUGCUUUACAGCCCGGCAUCAGUAAGGUUCACAGUCUUCAGAUCUUCAGGGUUACCUUUAACCAUCUGUAAAACAGUAGAUGCAUCAUCUAUUUAUUGCCAGUAUCUUGGUUCCCCUAUCCUUGGAGUGCCUUGUGGAGGAGAGGAGCGCCUCAAAAGUUGGCCACCACUCCAGCCUGUUAACUUGAGGGUUCAGGGCCACAGGAGACAUGAGAGUUGUGUUGAUGUGGUUCUUUCUUCAGCAGGUUGGGUAUCACUGACAAAUUUGAAAGAAGAUCAAAUAAUAGAGCUCAGAGCAUGGUCACCCACUGGCCGUGGGAUACACCUGCGAGACCCCCCACUGUUGCCUCGUGCUGUUACCCUCCGAGGACGCCGUAUUGGUAAAUCCCUUACAUACCGCCCCCACAAGAUAUUUGUACCACAAUAGACAGCAAAGUAAUGCAUAAUUAAAAAUCAAGUACUGAUGUUACAUGAUAUUAACAGGAUUUGUGCUGUAAAAAUCAAAGAAUACUGUAAAUAUAUUUUGUACUUCA